UGAAAGAAAAGAAAAACAAAACAGGAAGUUCAGAGGAGAGAGGGAGGGGUGAGGAGGUGGUCUCCAUGGCAACACAGCAACAACACAGCAGAAAGAGAAGAGAGAGACGAAACAGAGAGAAGAAGGAGAAGAAGACGAGGACGGUGGAUGUGCAGCAGCAGGGAUGAUGACCUGUUUCCGUGGCAACCGGGAGGAACUCUACGGAGAAGUGCUCCUAUUGGACGAGAGGAAGCUGACGCUGACGGGCAUCAAGAAGUCGUGGAAGGCGGCGGCCAUCUUGCAGCAGGUGUUCUCUCACCUGAACCUGGAGGAGGGGCAGUUCUUCGGUCUGAGGUUCUGCGACGACAAACAGCAGACGCUCUGGUUGGAUCCGUCCAAGACUCUGUCACAGCAUCGACUCCUCCUCGGGCCUCCGUACAUUUUCUACUUUGGAGUCAAGUUUUAUGUUGAAGAUCCCACAAAGCUGAAGGAAGAAACAACUCGGUGUCAGUUCUACCUGCAGCUCCGUCAGGAUGUCCGGCGAGGUCGGCUGCUCUGCCCCACCUACCUCCGCCCACGGCUGGACGCUCUGAUGCUGCAGGCGGAGCGAGGAGACCUCAGAGAUGACGACACGUCAGACUCAGAGAGGCAGGAAGUUCAACUCAUCUACAAAACACUGAGUGGCAUCUCUCGUCUCCAGGCUCAGAGUCUCGUUCUGUCUCUCUGCAGCUCUCUGCAGAUGUAUGGAGUCUCUCUGUUCGCUGCCUAUGGCGAGAACCAGACUGAGUACUUCUUGGGUCCAACUCCAGUGGGUGUGGUCAUCUACAAAAACAAAGAGCUGGUGGGAAAAUAUUUCUGGCGACGAAUCACCAAACUUCACUUCAAAGACGAGAUGUUUGAGCUCAGAGUUCUCGGCAAAAACGGUUCAGAGACGUCAUUCUUCUUUCAGACAUCUGAUCGAUGUGACUGUAAACGUUUGUGGAGGUGUUGUGUUGAACAUCACACCUUCUUCAGGAUGUCGGAGUCGAAUCCACAAACACACAAACUGAAACUCAACAGCGCUGCUCGUUCUCCCUCUGCAGCUCUCCCUCAGCUCACAAGCACACCUGUCAACAACAAAACAACAACAGCAGCAGCAGCAGCAGCAGCUGUGUCCACCAAUCACAGCCGUGAACCACUGAUGAAGCAGACGGCGCCACCAGCUGCUCACAGGUCAGAGGGCGGGGCCAAGUCGGACCAGGGGAGGCCCAGUGCACCAUGGGAGAACAGCGGCACUGCAAGCGGUCUGUUCAACCCAAAGUUUCCUCCAAACACCAAAGAAGAAGAAAAAGAUGGAGGACGACCACAGAGACGCAGCAGAAGUUUGGAUGGUGAUCGACCAAUCAGAGGGCAGAGGAGAAGCAGGUCUCGUUCCCAUGGCAACACAAGCAGCGGCAGCGAAUCAGAGAAGAGCAACAGCGAGCGGCGGCAGAGGAGAACAAAGAGCCGGGGUCGCCAUGGUGACCGGGGCCCUGACUCCGCCUCCCACUGCCGCGCCAGAUCACACAGUCCGGACGCCAGAACAUGGAAACACAUUCAGAAGCAUCUGGUGGAUCCUGAUGGUGUGAUUGACAGACAAACGGAGGAAAUACCAUAUAAGGAAGUGAGAGUGUCGGGGGAGCCAAUCAGAACACGUCGUUCUCCCAAGGGACAACGACAUCAGCGGUGGGCAUCGGCCUCACAGCUGCAGUCACAGAUGGUCCCGCCUCUUCUUGUUACCACAGCAACAGACACUUCCUGUCGGGUACCUACCAAUCACUGAGGCAGCUGGACCCACAGUGCACCUGUUCUCUACCCACAAUGCACCUGUUCUCUACCCACGAUGCACCUGUUUACAUGUCAUUAAAAAACUUUCCUCCAGUGA